CAGUAUAUUCUACACACAGCUGAGAAAACACAGCAAACAAAUGACGGACUUUGUGUAUUCACAAUUUGUAAUUUGUUUAUUUAAUCCGUCAAUAACUAAAGUAAAAUAAUACCAUUUUUUUACUAACAAAUUCUAAAGUUAGGUACAAAACUAUAUUUUUGCAAUUCAGUUGAUCCACACAAAUUUUCAAAGUAAACAUUCCCAAAUAAAUUCCCCUAAAAUGGGGAGGGUACAUCGAAGCAUCUUACUGCGCCGUGAAAGACUUAAAAAAUAUCAGGCGGAUAAGCGACAACGAGCCAUGCGACCCCCGUCUCCCCCACUUCCCCCGGAGGAAUUAGAGGUCAAACUCGAGUUUGGCGAGAUACCAGGGAUGGAUCUCGACUUUGAAAGUUUGCCGGAAAUUAAUACAGCUGAUAAUAACUUAUCGCCUGAACCUGCACCCGAACAAUGGUCACCACCUGUAGGACUUGACGACUCACAAAACACUGACCUCCACUUAUCGACCCCACAAGUAGCACUAGCACCACCUCCGCGGUCGAGGUUCACCCGAGAAAGGAGGAAAAACACUAAUCUGCCCUGCCUCCUGUGCCGCACCCUCACCCCGAAUCUGCCCCCUUUUCCGGAAUCUGACUUGGUACAAUCCAGCGCUCGGGUGAUCUUCCUGCUCCGGCAAAUCCUUACAUUUCCCGCCGUCCGGUGUGGCUAUUUCGUGCGGAGUUACGGUCAUCCCGCCGAGUGGGUGGUUCUCUGCGAGGCCUGCGCCCCCAUGGUCGCCCAGGCAAGCGAUCUGUUCGCGGAAAUGGAAAAUCUCCGCGCCCAAUACGAUCCAUUGCGGAUCGCAUUAAAAAAUCAAAUCCUUGAGGACGCGAAUGAAAAGUUUGCCUAUUUUCAAAACGACGGCGAAGGAUCUGCCAUAAUCCGAAAAAUCGCGAAAGCGGUCCGGUCCCAUGUCAAAAUUAACGAUAAGAGGGCGCAAGAUCUCAAAUUUUUACCAAGACGUAAGCCAAAAGCCAAAAAAAAAGGGGUCGCCCAGCCAAAGAGACAAGUUCAACAAUGGGGGGGACAAAGGGGACAAAUCGAGCAAUGUCUGGGAGAAAGAGAACAAAUGGAACAAUCGUAAGGACGAAAGGGACAAAUGGAGCAAUGGGUGGAAGAAGAAAAGCUCCAUAUUAUCCAAUGAGUGGACAAUUCGGAAGCCGAAAAAGAAAAAAGAACACACGAAAUACUCCAAUUAAACCGACCCCUGAGAGUGAGCCCCACUUUCCCAUUGAGCUCUACCCCACCCUAGAUUUCGCGGAUGCUCUUCUCGGGGAGGAAAUUUGCCCCCAAUUCGAGGAGGACCCCCUCAAAAUCGAACCCUUCCAGCCAAACAUUGAACCCGACGAUGCAAUAAUCGAACCCGACGAACUAAAAAUUGAAACAGACGACAUAAAAAUCGAAUCUGACGAGUUAAACAUUGAACCCGACGACCCAAAAAUCAACGCCCCCUUCAACUCGAAUCCGACAAGGAGUUUCAUCCCCCCGAAUCCGAAUCCGGCGAACACAAAGAUGUCGACGACCACCAAGAAUUCACAACCUCUUCCAAGCACAAAAGUUCCACAAGACAGGAAACGACCACGAACUGCCCUCCAAAACAAAAUGUCCCCCACACCACAAAACUGGAAAAGACCAAGAUCUCAAAGAAAUGCCCUCCAAAACCCGUUGCCCUCACUACAAAACUGACCAAGACCAAGAUGAUGGAUUCUGCUUCGACUUCCGCUACAAAACCCGUCCCUCCUCCCCUCGUCAAAAAAACACUCCCCCGAAAGAAGCCCACCACCCCCGAGGAUGACGACGCAGCCUUCUCCCUCCUCCCCAUCCCCGUUACCCCAGCCUGGACCUGGCUCGACUUUGUCACGUGGCGGACCACCCACGCCAAAGCGAAUCCCCCAACCUAUUCCAGACUCAAUACAUCCAUCAAAACCCCUCCCUUCUCCUGGCUCGCGACGCACUAUUCCAUAACCACCUUCCCGUGUCCCCACUGCCCCUGCGAAUUCCCCACUUUGCCCACCUGGUCCGCCCACCAGCCGGCCUGCCGCCCGAAAAACCCCACCAGGUCCCAAAACCCCACCCCGAUCAGAGAAGAUACCCCCUACCCCAUCCCCGUCACGCCCACGUGGACCUGGCCCGACUUUGUCACGUGGCGGAAAACCUAUAUCCGCACCCACUUUAGAAAGACUGAUCCCCCCACACAAAUCCCCACCCUGACCUGGCUCGCGGCCCACUACUCGAUUACGACCUUCCCCUGUCCCCACUGCCCCCAAAUCUUCCCCACAUUACCCACGUGGUCCGCACAUGAGCCCAUAUGCCCCGAAAACACCACCCCCGGCUACAAAUGCCCCACCUGCCAGCAUCAUUUCACCAACACGACCAACCUCGAAGGCCACCAGCGCAGGAAACACUUGCCCCGCGAGGCGCUAACUUGUUCUGGGUGCGGCGUCCUCUUCCUGGAAAUCGUGCCCUUCACCGCGCACGUGACUGCGCCUGAUGUCGCUCCAGCCUGUCGCGAGGCCGCAAUUCCGUGCAAAAUUGGCCCCCACGUGGUGCACUACUUCCCCACCACGGCGGCAUUCGAGCUCCAUGUCGAAGCGCGCCACCCGCCCCAGUGGGCGCUCCCGUUCGAGUGCCCCCAAUGUCCGAAGCGCUUCGGGGUGUCGGCCGUGAGGGAAAAACAUAUCGCCACGAUUCAUAAUUCGACCAUUGGCGUGUGCGAAGUCUGUGGCGCGAGUAUGAAGGAAAGUUCGCUCCAGAGCCAUAUGAGGGAGGUCCAUAAGAGCAGGGAGCCCGGAGCAAAGCGGUUCGUUUGUGAUAUUUGUGGGCGCGGGAUGAUUUCACAAGUUAAGCUGACCCGCCAUCGGCAGAUUCAUAUCCGGCCCGAGGACGCGCAACAUUUGUGCACCGAAUGCGGGAAGAGGUUCCGGUUGAAGGAAUAUUUGGUCAUUCACAUGUAUUCCCAUGACCCCGAGAGGAAGGGGUAUUACAAGGGGAGGGGGAAGGGUGACCCCCAGCGGAGGGGGUUGGGCGGUGCCAAAAUUGGGAGACCGCCAGUCAACCGGAGGGAAGACGAGGGGGAGGGAGACCAGGAUUCCUUGGGAGAAAUGCAUUCUAAAUAAUCUCUAACGUGUCUAUUUAUUUAAAUAUCUUAAAUUCAGAUAAUAAAAAUGUUCAAUUUUUUCAAAUUA